AUGGGGCCGGGCUGGGGGCGGCGUGGAGCCGUGGCGCUGCUUUGGGUGGCGGCCGUGCUGUGGCAGCUGGGCAGCGGCAGCGUCCUCCGCCGCCGGCUCCACGCCGCCGGGGUCCCGCAGCGGCGGCUGAGCGGCGGCGAGCGGCGGGACGUGCAGCGGGAGAUCCUGGCCGUGCUGGGGCUGCCCGGCCGGCCCCGGCCCCGCGCCCCGACCCGCGCCCCCGCCGCCGCCGCGCCGCUCUUCAUGCUCGAUCUGUACCACGCCGUGGCCGGCGAGGAGGAGGAGGAGGAGGAGGGCGAGGAAGCGGCGGUGUCGCGGCCGGUGCUCACCGGGCUCAGCACGCAGAGCCCCCCGCCCGGCAGCGUCGUGAGCCGAGCGGACACCGUGGUCAGCCUCGUUAACAUGGUGGAGCAGGACCGGGAUCUGUUGUCACCCAAGCCCUACUGGAAGGAGUUCAGGUUCGACCUGACCCAGGUGCCGGCGGGAGAGGCCGUGACGGCCGCCGAGUUCCGCAUCUACAAAUCCCGGGGUGUCGCCAGGCACGCCAACAGCAGCCUCCACGUCAGCAUCUACGAGGUGGCUGGGCAGCAUCCCAACAGGUCAGGGGCUGGGAAUGAGGAUGAGGAGGGGCACAGCGUGGAUCCAGGCUCAGCUGGGCUCCUGGGGCGCCGGGGACCCCGCUCCAAGCAGCCCUUCAUGGUGACAUUUUUCCGGGCCAGCCCCAGCCCCUCCCGUGUCACACGAGCAGCCAAAGCCCCGAGGAGGCGACAGCCCAAAAAAUCCAACGACCUCCCCCACCCGAACAAGCUCCCAGGAAUUUUUGAUGAUGUCCAUGCCACGGAUGGGCGGCAGGUCUGCCGGCGCCACGAGCUCUACGUCAGCUUCCAGGACCUUGGCUGGCUGGACUGGGUGAUUGCUCCACAGGGAUACUCAGCCUACUACUGCGAGGGGGAGUGUGCAUUCCCACUGGACUCCUGCAUGAACGCCACCAACCACGCCAUCCUGCAGUCCCUGGUCCACCUGAUGAAGCCUGAGGCCGUGCCCAAGGCGUGCUGUGCCCCCACCAAGCUCAGUGCCACCUCUGUCCUCUACUACGACAGCAACAACAACGUCAUCCUCAAAAAGCAUCGGAACAUGGUGGUGAAAUCCUGCGGCUGCCACUGA